AGGCGACACGGUCAGGCAGCUCUUCCACAACUGUCUGCAGAGGCAGAUGUCAUCAUUGGAGGAGUAUUCUCCAUUCACAGAAGCACCCGGGAGAGGCUACAUACAUUCACCUCCAAACCUCACUCUCCACCGUGCAUCAGAUUGAACUACAGAGAAUUUCAGUUUGCACAGACCAUGAUCUUCGCCAUUGAAGAAAUAAACAACCAGACAGACCUGCUCCCUGACAUAACUCUAGGCUAUAAGAUAUAUGAUGCCUGUGGUUCUAUACCUCUGGCUAUACGGUCAGCCAUGGCUCUGAUGAAUGGUUAUGAGGAAACACUGACUGACACAUCAUGCUCCACACCAGCAGCGGUGCAGACCAUCAUUGGCGAGUCUGGAUCUACUAAUACUAUUGCUCUAUCAUCUGCAGUUGGACUUUUUCACAUUCCUUUGAUCAGUCACUUUGCUACAUGCGCAUGCCUGAGCAAUAGAAAUAGCUUCCCUUCAUUCUUCAGAACGAUUCCCAGUGACUAUUACCAGAGCAGAGCACUGGCUCAGCUGGUGAAGCACUUUGGCUGGACCUGGGUAGGGGCAGUGAGGAGUGGCAGUGACUAUGGCAACAAUGGGAUGGCAACGUUUAUAGAAGCUGCUCAACAGGAAGGGAUCUGCAUUGAGUAUUCCGAGGCUGUCUACAGAACAGACCCCCGAGACAAAAUCCUCCAGUCUGUGGAAGUGAUAAAGAAGGGCACUGCAAAAGUUAUAGUAGCAUUUCUGGCUCUAGGUGACAUCAUCCCUCUGCUGCAGGAGAUGGCUCUGCAGAAUGUAUCAGGACUCCAGUGGGUGGGAAGUGAGUCAUGGAUCACAGCCAGCAGACUGGCGGACAACCAUGAUUACAGGUUUCUGAGAGGAUCCAUGGGAUUUGCCAUUGGUAAAGCAAAACUGGAGGGACUAAAAGAGUUCUUGAUCAGUGUUCAUCCUUCUCAGUCUCCAGGCAAUGCUCUAUUGACAGAGUUCUGGGAAACAGUAUUUGAAUGUUCUUUUGAGAAAAGCAGUAAUUCAGUUGGAAAAUCUCUUUGUAUAGGAUCUGAGAACUUACGUAAAGUGAAAAAUGAAUACACUGAUACAACAGAGCUAAGAAUCUCCAACAAAGUAUAUACAGCAGUUUAUGCUGUUGCCCAUUCUUUACACCGCCUUCUGAUGGACCAAUCAAGAGUUUAUUCCCCUACUAACAGCAGCAUUGGACAGCUCAUUGCACCAGACCAGGUGCUUAAGUAUCUGAGGAACAUAAACUUCACAGCAAAAACUGGUGAGCAGGUCUCCUUUGAUGCGAAUGGAGACCCUGUUGCAAGAUAUGAGCUAGUGAACUGGCAGCUUGCUGAAAAAGGGACUUUGCAGUUUAAGACAGUGGGGCUCUAUGAUGCUUCCUUACCGCCUGAUAGUCGAUUUAUCAUGAACCAGGGAAACAUGGUUUGGGCUGAGGGACAACCACAGAAACCGAGGUCAGUGUGCAGUGAGAGCUGUCCCCCAGGCACCCGGAAGGCUGUGCAGAGAGGAAGGCCUGUCUGCUGCUAUGACUGUGUGCCCUGCGCUGAGGGAGAAAUCAGCAAUACCACAGAUUCUAAUGACUGCAUUCCUUGUGAUUUGGAAUAUUGGUCGAACGAAAAAAGAGACAGGUGUAUUUUAAAAAUAGUUGAAUUCCUUUCCUUUGAAGAAAUUAUGGGAAUAGUGCUAGUCAUUUUCUCAUUAUUUGGAACAUGUGUAACGAUACUUGUUGCUGUGCUGUUCUUUAUAUACAGACACACCCCCAUUGUGAAAGCCAAUAACUCAGAGCUGAGCUUCCUGUUGCUCUUUUCAUUGAAACUGUGUUUCCUUUGCUCUCUUACCUUCAUCGGCCGGCCCUCUGAGUGGUCCUGUAUGCUUCGCCACACUGCGUUUGGGAUCACCUUUGUCCUCUGCAUCUCUUGUGUUCUGGGGAAAACAAUAGUGGUGUUAAUGGCCUUCAGGGCUACACUUCCAGGCAGUAAUGUCAUGAAGUGGUUUGGGCCUCUGCAGCAGAGACUGAGUGUUCUUGCUUUCACUCUCAUACAGGUCCUUAUUUGUGUGCUUUGGUUAACAAUAUCCCCUCCUUUCCCCAACAAGAACAUGAAGCACUACAAAGAAAAGAUCAUUCUAGAAUGUGAUACAGGAUCAGCAGUGGGGUUCUGGGCUGUACUGGGUUAUAUUGGACUCCUCUCAAUAUUGUGUUUUGUUUUGGCUUUUCUGGCCCGUAAGCUGCCUGACAAUUUCAAUGAAGCCAAAUUCAUCACAUUCAGCAUGCUCAUAUUCUGUGCAGUCUGGAUCACCUUUAUACCAGCUUAUGUCAGCUCACCUGGGAAGUUUACUGUAGCUGUAGAAAUAUUUGCUAUUUUAGCUUCUAGUUUUGGACUACUAUUUUGUAUUUUUGCACCUAAAUGUUAUAUUAUUUUAUUCCGGCCAGAGCAGAACACAAAGAAAAACAUGAUGGGGAAGCCACCGUCAAAGGCUCUCUAA